CCCAAAGCAUUGCAGGCAAUGUGGGGUCUAAGAAAUGAAAUGUGAUAGAAAAUAAGGUUAGAAAAGGCUAAACAUCAUACCUCAUUCUUUCCAAUUUCCAUUUAUUCAACUUCUCCCAGUUUAAUCCAACUCUUAAAUUUCGAAAAUCCCUUGUAUUCUUUCACCUUCAAAAGGGGAAAAAUGGUUUUCCAAAGUGAAGGAGCUGAAACUGAAAGUAGAUCCACUAAACAACAAAGCGAGCUAAGGGUUAACGAAGAUAGCAAUAUUGAAGCAAUAGAAGAAGAGUGGUUGAACCUGAGACUCGGUGGGAACUCAAUACCAGCACCUGGAGACUGCGAAUCGGCUUCAGACCCUCAGUUAAGACCAUCAGUUCCUUCCAAGGUUUUCUCCUGCAACUUUUGCAGGAGAAAGUUUUAUAGUUCACAAGCCUUGGGUGGCCACCAAAACGCCCACAAACGAGAGAGAGGUGCAGCCAGAAGAUACCAGUCCCAGCGGAUGAUGAUGAUGAUGGGUCUGCCGAUGAGCAAUCACGUUGUUCGAUCACUUGGUGUCCGACCACAUUCACUUGUGCACAAAUCAAGCAGAGAUGGAGCUGUUGCUGCUGCUGCUGCAAGUGUAGGGAGAUUUAAUGAUACAUAUGCAGUGCAGUUUACAGUUGAUGACGGAAUGGAUUUUGUGUGGCCAGGCAGUUUCCGUUUGGAUCCUCGACCACCCGAACCACCACCAGAACCAGCCAAGCUUGACUUGAAUCUUCGACUCUAAUUCAUCUGUCUACUCUCCUGUCCAAGUUUAGAUAUCUCUUGUAAACUACGGAUUAUUGUUGGCAUAGCUUUUAAGAUCAGUUGUAUUUUACUGUAAACAUAAUGUUAAAACAGAUAUUUUCUCGUC